UGUCGCGUCUGCUGUGUGUUCUGUAUCCCGCGCUGCUGCCAGCAAAGAGCAGACGCGGUGCAUCUCUCCGGGAAACAAAACGAACUGAACAACAGCGUCCCGGAAAAAUUCAUCUUCUUACAUGAUGACUGCUGAGUGAACACUAGACGAGCACCAUCAGCUCCUCUCACGGACACACUGCGCUGUUUUCCACGGACACAGUCACAUCCUCCGGAGCCUCUCAGAGUUGUGUCAGUCACCUGUGAGAAGUGACUGACUGUGUGUGUGUGUGUGUGUGUGUGUGUGUGUGUGUGUGUGUGUGUGUGUGUGUGUGUGUGUGUGUGUGGUCCUCAGGGAUGUGUCAUGGCAUCGGUUCGGGUGGCAGUGAGGGUCCGGCCCAUGAACAGACGGGAGAAAGACCUGUCUGCCAAAUGCAUCAUCGAGAUGGAAGGCAACAAAACCACCAUCACCAACUUAAAAAUACCGGAUGGAGUGACCGGAGACUCUGUAAGAGAGAGAGCAAAGACUUUCACGUAUGAUUUCUCUUACGACUCUUCGGACUGUAAAAACGCCAGCUUUGUCUCACAAGAGAAGGUGUUUAAGGAUCUGGGCACUGAUGUGUUAAAGGCAGCAUUUGAAGGAUAUAAUGCCUGCAUCUUUGCUUACGGCCAGACUGGAUCAGGGAAGUCGCACACCAUGAUGGGCAUCCCUGGUGACGUCGGGCUGAUCCCACGGAUCUGUGAAGGAUUAUUCAGCCGAAUUUCAGGAAUGACUCGGAGAGAUGAAGCCUCUUUCCGUACAGAGGUCAGCUAUUUGGAGAUUUACAACGAACGGGUGCGGGACUUGUUAAGGAGAAAGAUGGCAAAGACGUAUAACCUCAGAGUCAGAGAGCAUCCUAAAGAGGGACCCUAUGUAGAAGACCUGUCGAAGCACCUCGUGCAGAACUAUAGUGAUGUGGAGGAGCUGAUGGAGGCGGGAAACAUCAACCGCACGACUGCCAGCACCGGCAUGAAUGACGCAAGCAGCCGCUCACACGCCAUCUUCACCAUCAACUUCACACAGGCUAAGUUUGACGCUGAGAUGCCGAGUGAGACAGUCAGUAAGAUUCACCUGGUGGACCUGGCAGGAAGUGAGAGGGCCGAUGCCACAGGGGCCACUGGUGUCCGGCUCAAAGAGGGCGGCAAUAUCAACAAAACAUCACUGGUCACUCUGGGAAAUGUCAUCUCCGCUUUAGCUGAUCUGUCACAGGAAGGAGGAAACAGUCAUUUGAAGAAGAAGCAGGUUUUUGUUCCUUACAGAGACUCCGUGCUCACGUGGCUCCUGAAGGACAGUCUGGGAGGAAACUCAAAGACCAUCAUGAUCGCUACUAUAUCACCUGCGGAUGUCAACUACGGCGAGACACUGAGCACGCUGCGCUAUGCUAACCGCGCCAAAAACAUCAUCAACAAACCCACGAUUAAUGAAGAUUCCAACGUUAGACUCAUACGAGAACUGCGGGCAGAGAUCGCUCGGCUGAAAGCGCUGCUCGCGCAGGGAAAUCAGGUCUCGCUCCACUACCCCACAACAUCAAUAAUUAAGGAGGAGGAACUGCACCAUAAUGAAGCCAGGGUGUUGGAGCUGACCAAGGAAUGGACGAACAAAUGGAACGAAACGCAGAACAUCCUGAAGGAGGAAACUCUGGCUCUGAGGAAGGAGGGAAUCGGAGUGAUCCUGGACUCAGAGCUGCCUCAUCUCAUCGGGAUUGAUGAUGAUCUGCUCAGCACUGGCAUCAUUCUCUAUCAUUUAAAGGAGGGAAGGACAUAUGUUGGCCGUGAUGAUGCCACUAAUGAACAGGACAUCAUUCUUCAUGGUCUGGGUCUGGAGAGUGAGCACUGUCUGAUAGAGAACCGGAAUGGAACAGUUACUCUAAUUCCUCUGAAUGACGCUCAGUGUUCAGUCAAUGGAGUUCAGAUCACUGAGCCCUGUCCGCUCAACCAAGGUGCUGUCAUUCUCCUCGGCAGAACCAAUAUGUUCAGAUUCAAUCAUCCCAAAGAGGCGGCUAAACUUCGAGAAAAGAGAAAGAGCGGCCUCCUCACCAGUCUGAGCUUAUCCAUGUCUGAUCUGUCCAAAUCCUGUGAAAACCUCUCUACAGUCAUGCUGUAUAACCCUGGACUGGAGUUUGAAAGGCAGCAAAGAGAAGAACUGGAAAAACUGGAAAUUAAAAGACGGCUGAUAAAAGAGAUGGAGGAGAAGCAGAAGUGUGAGAAGGCGGAGCUUGAGCGCAUGCAGCAGGAGGUGGAGUCUCAGAGGAAGGAGUCUGAGCAGGUGCAGCUGCGCAUCCGAAGACAGGAGGAGAGCCUGCACAGACGCAGUCAGGACAUCGAGAGCCGCCUCCGAGACUUGAUCGCUGAGAAAGAGAAAUUUCAGGAGGAGAGACACCGAGAGCAGAAGGAACAGGAACAGCAGAAGCAGAAGAGACUGCAGCCGAAGCAGAAGCUGGAGGAGGAUCUGGAGGAGGAGGAGGAUGAAAAGGCUCAGGCCCAGCGAGAGCGAGCAGAACAAAACGAGCUCUUUCGUGAGCUGGAGCGGCUCAAACGAGAACGUGAGGAGCAGGCCGUCAAACUCCAGCUGGAACGCAGGCGUCUGGAGGAGCGAGAGAAGGAGCAGCUGAGUCUGGUUGGGCGUAUGGAGGAGCAGCUGAGGGAGCGCAGCGAGGAGGCGGCCGCCCUGCUCACACCAGAUGAAGCGCGGCGACUGGACGAGGAGAGACGGACGCUCACCGAGCUCAGGGAGGAGCUGCUCAGAGCCAAGGAGGCGCGGAUCGAUGGAGAGGAGGAGGGCGGGGAGGAGGCCCGGAGGAGCGCGCAGGCACGGUAUGAACAUUUCAAGCAGAUGCAGGUGGAGGAGCUGAGUUUGCUGGAGGAGACACUGAUCCAGCAGAAGGACCGACUGGAACGAGAGGUGGCCCAUGAGCGCGCGUCACUCGGCCUGCUGAUGCACACGCACAAGGACAAACAGAGACAGGUCUGUGAUAUGAUGGAGCGUGGUGUCCAGGACGUGUCCUCUCUGGGUCAGGAGGAGGUUCUGAUCCAGCAGGCCGAGCACAGUCUGCAGUUUAAAGAGAGGCAGCUCCAAUCUCUCUGUGAGAAACACCUCCCUGCUGUCUCAGAGGAGCGACAGAGAGCCAUCGAGCUCCUGGAGAGAGUUAGAGGAGGGACAGGGUCUCCUGCUUUGGACGGAAGUCCAGAAGAUAGGGACAAAGAGCUGGAUGAGACUCUAUAUCAGGUAGAGAAGGAGUUGGAGGAGAAGGAGGAGCGUUUGUCUCAGUACAGUGCGAGCACCGAGCAGCUGCAGCAGCUCCAGCAGUCGUACGAGUUCACGGCAAACGUGGCCCGUCAGGAGGAGAAGGUCCGCAGGAAGGAGAAGGAGAUCCUGGAGUGGAAGGAGAAACAGCAGCGGGAGGCUCUGGAGCAGGCGGUCGCACGCUUGGAGAGGAAACACUCCGCUUACCGCAGGAGCCUCAGUCUGGAGCCGGACGCUGAAGGGCCCAGAAAGAGGUCACAGUCUGCUUUAGGACAGAGCACUUCCAGGUUUACAGGAACACAAGACCUGGACCAGGACAGGAUGGAGCAAGAGAUCGCGCAGCUGAAGCAGAGGAUCAGUGAGAGUGAAGGAAGUGUGCGGAGUCUCAGUGUGAGCGGGGAUGAAAAAAACAAUGUGAACCAGUCGCCCGUCAGCCCCAUACAGACCCUCCCGACUGUCCUGUCCAUAGGAGACGAGAGGAUUAAUGCGUUUAUUGAAGAAGAGGUGCAGCGGAGACUGAAGAACCUGAACCUUCUGAACAGAGAGAACAACAACACACUCUCACUGUCUUCAGACUCACUGCAGGACAGUGAUAAAAAACGCAUCGAACAACGCAAACUGAAAUACGAGCGGCUGGUGUCGAUUCCUCUGGAUCCCAGUCCAGAGAGUCUUAAAGAUCCGGUGAAGAUCAGUAUUCCCCGUUACGUCCUGUGCGGUCAGGGAAAAGAUGAACACUUCGAGUUCGAAGUCAAGAUCACUGUUUUGGAUGAAACGUGGACGGUGUUUAGAAGAUACAGUCGUUUUCGGGAGAUGCACAAAUCUCUGAAGCUGAAAUAUCCAGAGCUUGCGGCUUUGGACUUCCCUCCCAAAAAGAUUUUUGGAAACCGAGACGAGAGAAUGGUUGCGAAGCGCCGGAAUCUGCUGGAGCAAUACCUGCAGAACUUCUUCCGCAUGAUGAUGUCACCCUCCUCCUCUUCUCCUCUGAGAACAGACGAGUUUGGACUUCACCUCUCAAAACACGCCGUGUGCAGCAUCUCUCCUUUCUUUAAGAAGGGAGUGUUUGACUACAGCAGUCACGGGACGGGCUGAUAUACACACACACUCCAGUACAAAAAACACUAAUUUGCAUAAACACAAACUGAGGCAAAGACAUUUCACCUUAAAAUCAAAAGGAAAAAUUAUAUUAUGCAUAAAGAAAAUCGAGCCUGAUUUUGUAACCAUAAAGAUUUUUGCAUUGCGACAUUAUUUUCAUGGCAAUUAAGCACAUUUUUCCAAAUCAAAAUCUCGUAAUAUUAUACAUUUUGAGUUUUUAUUUCUGAGGUUUUGCGUAAGCAUGGUUCUCAUAGUAAUACAGAGUUUAAAAAAUCUUUUAUUAUUAUAUGAAAAGUAGCAUACAUUUAAAAAAAAAACAGUAGAACAACAAUACUGCCAUGAUGGAUAAAUUAUUUUAAAUUUAAAUAAAAUAUCAUUAUUGCCAUGAAAAUAAUAUCAUAAUGGAAAAAAAUACUAUGAAUACAAAAAUAGGCUUUUUUUUUCUGUAAGUGUGGAGGUGAAAUAUGUCCUGGAUUCAUUCAGACACUAUGUACUCACUCAGGAAAGUUUGAAAUCAAGAGCAGGAAUGGUAGAGUGACUUAAAAUAGAGAAAAAACAGGAAGAGAAGGAUCCAAAGUAGAUGUAAAUAAUUUUGUUGUGCCUUGUUGGCAAUAAUUGAGCUUUAAACGCUUCAAAGAAUAGGAAAUCUGGACUUAAUCUUACAGCAGAUGGUCACUGUAACCAUAACGUUUUGUGUUUACAUCGAGGACCACGAAACCUGUUUCUGUGGACAGACAGGACGUCCUGUAGCUGCUACUUGGGUUUGUGAUUCACUUUAAAUCAUGUUCAUGUUUAAGUUGCUGCGUAUAAUGAAUCUAUACUACUUUAGUCUGGAAUUAGAUUAUGUAAUGUGAACGGCAGCCUGUCAUUGGCUCCAGAUUAAAUGAAUUACAGUAAAUCUGCACUAAUAUCCAUGAAACUCAGGCUAACAUUGCGAAGGUUUUUUUUUUAUUUUUAUAACCACUAAGAGGUCAAAGCUCACAAAGUAGCACAUGAAGUGUGAGCUAAUGUCUUCCAGAAAAAAAGAGAAUGCUUUUGAUUCAAAAUUACUGUCGUACUCAACGCCCUGGUUGCAGUUUGAGUAGAAUAUGCUGUAAUAACAUGUCCAUUGACAACUAUUUAACUUGAUUAAUGAUUAAUUUUCAGCACUAUGAAGCCAUAUGUAAAUGUAAAUGUGUUGUACACUUGAUCUGUACAGUGGAGCUUGUUCUCAUGAUGACUGGAGGAAAGGGAUAUACUGCUAUAUUAGCCGUUGAACACUAGAACGCUUGUUUUCUCUAAAAGAGUACUGAGAGUAAGAUGUAUACAUUUUUAAAACACUGUUUUCAUUUGCUUUUUGAUUUCUGAGAACUGAAUGUAAUAAUUUGUGGGUAACAUGAUUUGGUAACUCA